GCCGGCCGCAUUCGUGAGCAACAAUUCGUGCGAGUCGGACGGAGUCGGUUACUCCGAUUUAAAAGAAGAAGCCUUUGCCUUUGACAUUGUUUUUUUUUAAUAUUAAUUUUUAUUAUUAACUUUUUGUUGCUGUUUAUCGUGAUAUAUUCGCCAUUUUUGUACAUUUUCGUCGCGUCGUUGUGUUCUUGUUGUACUUAGUUACUAAAAAAGCAACCAAAAAAAAAAAAAAGAAAAUCAAAAGAUACACCAAAGCCAAGCGGCAAAAAUUCAUUGAACUCUCACUUGAGUGCAGCGCAGCGCAGGAGCGACCCAGCAACAACACACAGAACACUACAACAACACUACAGCAUCCCAGUCCCAAUCCCAGUCCAGCAACAAGAGCAGCAACAACAACAGCAGCAACAUGUCAGACGGCAUUGAAGUUGAACAAAUCGUUGAGAGCAAGCCGAGAAGGAUGCCACUGGCGACAUCAUUGGAUAAGGAUGCCAUACGCGAGGCCUACGAGGAUGUCCGCUCCGAUCUCACAGACACCGAGUGGGCGGUCUUCAAAUUUGAUGGCGCACAGAUAAUUGUCCAUGGGCGUGGCCAGUGUUUCGAGGAGUUCCGCCAACAGUUUGGCGAUUCGGAACGCGCUUUCGGCUACAUCCGCAUCCAAAUGGGCGAUGAGAUAUCCAAGCGCAAGAAGUUCAUUUUCCUCACGUGGAUCGGACAGGAAGUGGGCGUCAUACAGCGUGCCAAAAUGUCGACAGACAAGGCGCUCAUCAAGGAUGUGCUAAAUAAUUUUGCCGUGGAGCUGCAGGCGGGCGUGGAGGCUGAACUGGACAUUGAACUGUUCCGGGAGGCAUUGAAUCGCGCUGGAGGCGCCAACUAUGGCACCGGCAUCCGGGACAAUUGAGCAGCUGCCCAGCUGCCGCCGAUUGGCCGACAAUCUUCAUAAUUAUUUUUUUUUUGUGUGCAACCUCUUCAAUUGCUGACUUAACUCUGCUACUUUUUUUACUUAAUUAUUAUGAAUUAAUUUUAUGCGAUCUUAAAA